GAACUAUUAAGAAAUUUUCUUUGCUGUGGUGACUACUGACCACUUGCAUACAGUGUCAAAAUGUAGAAGUCGAACUAAAAUAUAAAUUGUACCUUUACAUUUAUGGCGUAAUUAGCAUAAUUUUUUUCUUAUUUUCACGUUCAGAAUCAGUUUCAGGCAAUCAUUGAUUAACAUCUCAAUAUAAUACAUAUUUAAUAUGUAACUGUCAAAUUUUGUGGCUAACUUCACUACUGUUGAAAAAAAAGCAUGGUAUUUUGAUACCUAUAAAAUGUUCAAAUUUAAUUUUAAUAAAGAUGAGAAUAAUUUUGAAGAUGUAAACAUUGAAUCCUUAGAAACAAUAUAUGCUCAAAGUAAAGAAGUACUUCUUGAACAGUCUGUUAAUUUUGUGAAAUUUAAACUCGAUAAAAUCGAGACGAAAGUAUUGAAGUUGACAAAUUUAUCAAUUAAGUAUAUUUGUUCAGAGACUUUGGUAAGCGCUCUAAAAGAGAUACCAAAUGUAACAGAAGAUUGCAUACUUAAAGCAGAACAUAAGCACUCUGACCUUAUACCAGCGAUAUAUGAAGGUGGUUUGAAAAUAUGGGAAUGUACAUAUGACUUAUUAGACUAUUUCAUACACAAUAGGACUGAUUUUAAAGAAAAAUUAGUGUUGGAUUUAGGAUGUGGCUCUGGGAUUCUAGGAAUUUUUACUCUAUUAAAUGGAUCAAAAUCGUGGUUUCAAGAUUAUAAUAUAGAAGUAUUACAAAAUAUCACAGUACCAAAUGUAUUACUAAAUUGUGAGGAAACUGAGGACAGCAAAUUUUUUUCUGGAGAUUGGGAUUCAUUUGUAACAUUAGUUGAAGAAAGAUAUCCCAAUGAAAAGUUUGAUUAUAUUCUAACUUCUGAAACCAUAUAUAAUAAGAAUUAUUAUGCCAAACUUCAUUUAGUUUUUGAAAAAUUGUUGAAGAAAGAUGGUGUGGUAUUUUUAGCUGCAAAAUCAUAUUAUUUUGGAGUAGGAGGUGGGAUACAUCUUUUUCAAGAUUUUCUUGAUGAACAAAAAAUACUUAAAUAUAGACAGUGUUGGCAAUGUAAUGAGGGAGUGAAAAGAGAGAUAUUGAGAUUAGAAUUUUUAUAAAAUAACAAUUUAAAUAUUUUUUUUAUUUUUUAUAACUUCUGUAAAACAACUUUUUGUAAAAAGGAUUUAUUUAAACAGUA